GUCUUUGUUAGUUUACUUUGACAGAAACUGCGCGAAGUCUCGAACAGAGCAUUCCUCUGCCCCCCAAAACAAGCCCUGUUCCCCCUCCCGCCGGCGGCGAGCGGAGGCCGUGCCGCGAGAGGAGAGAGAUGACUGUGGCGGCGGGGCUGGGGUAUGCGCUCAUCGCGCUGGGCCCCGCCCUCUCCCUCUUCGCCGGCGUCGUCGCCAGGAAGCCCUUCCUCGUCCUCACUCUCCUCUCCAGCACCUUGUUUUGGCUUAUAAGUUUGAUAGUCCUCUCGGGAAUAUGGAGGGGAUUUCUUCCCAUAAAAUCAGGAACUUGGUGGGCAUAUGCAAUUCUGAUCAUUACAUCUGUUGCGUUGCAAGAAGGCACUCGUCUUGUGUUUUGGAGGCUUUACAAGAAAAUGGAAGAGAUGCUAGAUGCCUUUGCAGAUAGAAUUUCUAAGCCACGUCUUAGUUUGACAGACAAGAUGCUAAUUUCUUUAGCUGGCGGUUUAGGUCAUGGAGUGGCUCAUGCAGUCUUUUUCUGUCUCAGCCUUCUGACUCCAGCAUUCGGUCAAGCUACAUUUUAUGUUGAAAGGUGCUCAAAGAUGCCAUUUUUCCUUGCGUCAGCCCUUAUUGCACUUGGAUUCUUGGUCAUUCAUACAUUCUCAAUGAUUAUUGCUUUUAAUGCAUACGAUGAAAGAAAGAAAAGUGACCAAAUCUUCGUCCCAGUUGUUCAUAUGACUGCUGCUGUAAUGACACUUGUUAACCUCGUCCCCGGGGGCUGCCUCAUUGGUACUCCUCUGUUGUUGGUCACGGCUGUGCUGACCUUGCAGUACUGCUGGAGAGUGGCGUGCCGGAGGUUAACUGAGCACCAGCAUCGGCAGCUGAACAGCAACUAGCUCUCGCCAGUGUUCCUCACAUCAUGUAAUUUCCCCAUGUGUGUGUGUCUUAAUCUUCUCAUGCGUAGAACAGAAGAAAAAACUCAGGCUGAGUGGUGUCGCAUAGUUGGACAAGAUCACAAGAGGGUUUACCAGAGUUGCGCUCAGUUAAAGAUCUUAGGGGCUGUUUGGUUGGGAUUAAACUUUAGUUCCAUCAUAUUGAAUGUUUGGAUACCAAUUAGAAGUAUUAAAUAUAGGCUAAUUACAAAACUUAUUGUAUAAAUGGAGGCUAAUUCGCGAGAUGAAUCCAUUGAGUCUAAUUAAUCCAUUA